UGCAGCGCGUCGGUUGCUCUGCUUCACCCGACUAUCCGUAUCAUGUCAGUGAAUACUCAACUUCUCAAGCAGGUAGUGAAGGAAAAAUCAGCGGAGAAUUACCAGCAUUUGAGUGCUGUCGACUGCCCCAGUACUGGCAGUGGUACAGUGUGAUCAUAGUUUUCAUCUCAAGUUUUGAAGCUGGCCGAGAAUUAUUUCAUGCACUACCUAAACUAAAGGGCGCGCCGUAGCUAUAAUAAUUAUCAUGCCACCGAGGAAGAAGGCCUAUAAACUUGUCCCGAAAGGAGAGACUGAGUCCUCGGGCAGCGAAGGCGAGUCUACCGCUACUCGUGUGCUUCGCUGGGUGACGGCCGGCCGCUAUGGUCGAAGAGAGAGGUCGGAAUCGACUGAGGCGCAAUUAGCUGCUGCAGACAAGGACAUACAUCCAGAAGUAGUUCGGGAGGUGUAUAGAAAAGCAGCGACGGCAGGACAGGAGGAAUGGAUGUUAUGGCACUCAGAGAAAGAAAUUGACGCAGAUCAAGAACCCCUUUGGCGGAGAAGAUGGAAAAUGUCAAGACAACGACGUUUCGACCCAGGCAACCAGGAGGCUGGUGUUCAGUACUUACCACUGUCUGGUGAUCCCAUAGACUUUGUUCUAGCAUGGGAAAGUGGGCUGCAUGAUGAUGUUGAGGACGACGAGGAGGAAGAGCGGGAAAGGGCGAACGCCCGGGGACACUUUCAAGCUCGGUUGAGGAGUGAAGGUCUCGUAACCCAUGUUGAGCCCAGUAUCAAUAAUCCAAGAUUGAAGUUUGUUCUUCUCCAUGCACCGUUCGGAGUAUUGCUGAGAGUUGCAGAGUCACUGCACUUGAAGAUGCCUAUAGCAAGAUAUUCGCAAGGCGAGAUGAAUCUAUCUGAAAAGGUGCUGCAGAAACUUGGUGUCAGAAAUCCGAUGUUGACGUCUGCAUACGAAGGUUCCCAGCGACCUUUCUACAGAGCUGCUCCCGUAAAAGUGAACACGUUGAACAGCUUCUUGGGCAGCUUCAAUACAAAAACGUUCUUCAGGCCGUCUCAACGUUCCUCCAUAGUAUCUCAUAUCUUGGACCGCACCAAGUAUUCCAGUGAGCCAGGGGCUUUAGGUAUCAGCCAGUUACUGGAUAACAGAUCAUACACUGCUGCAUUCCCUCUUCAUCAGGGUAAGGCAGAUCUCGCAGAGUCCAUGGACAUGAUCAAUUGGGACACUAAGAACACAUGCCCGAGAGAGGAGCUGGCUGUAACAUGGGCUACGUUCUCUUGCUGGUAUAAAUAUCAACCAUUGCAUACAAUCAGGGAUUACUUUGGAGAACGGGUUGCAUUCUACUUCACAUGGCUAGGCUACUACACGAUGAGUCUAAUACCGCCUGCCAUUGUGGGCUUCAUUACAUUCAUCUAUGGAUUAGCCACUAUUGUAGCUGACCCUACUAUUUUGACAAUCUGUCACAGUGCACAUGUCAUGUGCCCAACAUGUGCUCAUUGCAAGUUCUGGAAGCUCUCUGAUAUCUGCCUCUCAGUGAAGAGUGCUCAUGUGUUUGACAAUGAGGCAACACUUCUCUAUGGCCUGUUCUUAUGUCUGUGGGCAUCAGUUUUCCUGGAGCUGUGGAAAAGAAAAGCUGCAGUAACGGCUCGCCAGUGGAACUGCGAUGCCCACGAGGAAGAAGAACCUGUUCGAGCAGAGUACGCUGCCAAGGCGAAGGAGGUGGCACCGAAUGUGAUCACUGGCGAGCUUGAGCCACACUUACAACAGCAGAAAUGGCCACUAUAUAUCAGUGCGUAUAUGAUGGUUGCAUUACUGUUCUGUGUAGUGGCUAUCUGGCUGCUGACUCUGAUAGUCUAUCAUACAGCCAUUGCGCACAUCAGCGGUGAGCCAUACAGGUCAUUAGCCUCACCAGUGGCCAACGUUACCGCAUCAAUCAUCAAUUUACUCCUCAUUCUAUUCACCAGGCGGGUGUUUAGCUUGGUGGCUGUCAAGUUGACAGAAUUUGAGAACCAUCGCACAGAGUCUGAAUUCAGCAAUCACCUGGCGUUCAAGCUGUUCAUAUUCGACUGCGCAAACCUCUUUGCCCUACCCGUCUACGUCGCCUUCUUCAAAGGAAGAUUUGGUGGCUACCCAAAUCAUUUUAAACGGGGAAUACUACCGUACCAUGGACAACAGUGUGGCGCGUUUGGCUGCAUCCUGGAACUGGCUGAAACCGUCGGCAUUGUUCUGUUUGGCAAACUGAUACUAGAUAAAGCCCUGGAUAUGCUUUCCUGGUGUUGGGCUAGAUCAUCCUUCUGCUGCCUUAAGGGGAGACCUGGAAACGGCAACAACAACAAGAACAGGAAACCUGAGUCACAUGACCUUUGCGAUGCUGAGCUGGGUGAUGAUGUCGGGGAUGGAUUAGAAGAUACGACAACGCACCUACCCCAAUGGGAAAGUGACUACAAGCUAACCCGGCCUAAACCACUUCACUGGCAGUAUUUAGAAAUGGUGAUGCAGUUUGGUCUGAUUACCAUAUUUGGCGUUGCCUUUCCACUGGCACCAUUGAUUGCCUUGGUGAACAAUGUAAUCGAGAUACGACUGGAUGCCAUGAACUAUGUCAAGCAUACCUGUAGGAUUGUUGCCAACAUAGCACAAGAUAUUGGUAUAUGGUUUACACUGCUGGACCUGCUAACCAAGGUCGCAGUUGUCACAACGGCACUAAUCCUAACAUUCACUAGCAAUGGUGUUGCUAAACUGCUCUAUAGAGUGCAGCAUGGUCAUCUCUCUGGUUUUGUCGGACACAGCUUGUCUGAGGCACUAGUGUUUGACCCAGCACUGCACCGUAAUGUAACAUGCAAGUAUGUUGACUUGCGCAGCGCGGACGGGAAUCUAACAGCUGAGUUUUGGUUCUUGGUGACGGCCAGACUUGUGUUUGUGAUGAUCUUUGAGCAUGUGGUGUUCUUGGCUAUGACAAUCCUGGAUUGGGCAGUACCAGAUGUACCCCAAGCACUGCAGGAUGAACUCGCUCGAGAAAUCUUCCAGGCUAAGAAGGUUGUGGAAACUGCAAACUGGCAAAGUGGGACCAGCACCGUCGCAAGUCAGCCUGUUGGUCAAAGACGGAGAAGGAAAUCGACAAAGAGAAAAACAAUUCGUAGGAAGCCCACUGUUUCCCGCCGGACACAAUAAAGUGGCAUUGAGGAGAUCCCCAGAAUCAUGUUAUGCCUAGUGAUGAGACACAUACCACUACUGCACUACUGCACUACUACAAGUAGGCAGAAUGUUGAUAUGGUAAGAAUUGACAAUAUCUUUUUUUAAUACCUUGGGAGUAUGUGAAAGUAAAGCUUCCCUGAAUCAUUCUGCGAUUCUGUGGCCUUUAUUUGUACUGCAAUUGAUCGAUCUGACCACAUCAUUGAAGUUGGUGUUGAUUUCCUCUUUUGGCUUAUCUGAGCACACUUCAAUAAAUUGGCAACAUGAGCAGUGAGAUGUGAAUGACAACUAUCUGAGAGCAGUGAAAAGGAAGGCAACAUAAUUAUUACUAAGCACAGGCAGCGGCUGGAA